UGCCUCCUUGAAAUAUCAAAUUACGCCGUAGCAAGGAGGCAGCGCAUGCGUGGUCUUUCAGUGCCUCCGGUAAAGCCGUAAACUAGUUUGACAUUUCGCUAAAAUUUGUGAAGUGAACAACAAACGUCUACGCUUAUGUUUUUACACGAGUCCGGUCGGAGGAAUGAACGAGAUUUUAGGUGUGGGUCUUAAAAUGGGAUUGUUUUUGCACGUUGUCGCUGUCAGCCCCUCCGACGCGACAUUAGACGAGAGCCUACUGCACUGUGAGGGGCUGAACAACCAGAGCUACGUCUGUGAAUCAGGACACUGCUGUGGGGAGUCACGGUGCUGCAGUUACUUCUAUGAACUCUGGUGGUUCUGGCUGGUGUGGGUCAUCAUCUUCAUCCUGAGCUGCUGCUGCGUGUGUCACCACCGGCGCACCAAGCACCGGCUGCAGCAGCAGCAGCGCCAGCACGAGAUCAACCUCAUCGCCUACCGCGAGGCGCACAACUACACCUCCCUUCCGUUCUACUUCAGGUUUCUUCCAAAUUCCCUCCUACCUGACUAUGAGGAGGUGGUGAACCGCCCUCCCACCCCUCCCCCUCCCUACAGUGUCUUCCAUACAGCCAGCCCCCUGCCCACGGACCCACAGGACAGCCUGGGACUGGGACACUGCACGACCAUCCAGACCACUCCGGUCCCCCCAGUGUCCGACACCCUUUGCUCCAGGCCGAGCCUGGAAGAGCCCCACCGCAUUGGGGCUCCCACCAUUGGCUACAACAGACACAAGGCAGUCAAUAAGCCUCAGGAGCCACAGGAUGGUGGAUCAGGGCUAGGGCCCCGGGAUGGUGGACCAGGGCUAGGGCCCCAGGAGGCCUCUACAGAGGAGCCUAGAGGCCCAGCGAAGAGUUGCAAGGAGCCUCUGUUACUCGGGGACCUAGGGGGGCCCGAGAGCGGUGCCCAGGAGGACAAAGAUAAUAGGGGGGCCCUUGGGCGGCGGCGCCGUUUCACAGGUGACUCGGGUAUCGAGGUGUGCGUAUGUGACCGUGGUGGUAGUACAAGUAUUGGAAGCCAGGAGGGCAAGGAGCUGAGGGAGAAGGAUAGCUUAAUGGGGGAGGAGGUUGAGGAGCAGGAAGGAGGAGACUUCUGCGACGGUUGCGGUCACCCCGCUCCAGGAGUGGAAGAGGAGCAGACCCUAGCCCUGGAUGGACCCGAAAGUAGGUCAGAGUGCGGGUCGGCGACAGGGUCCACCUCCCCGCCACCACCCGCCAUGACGCAACCCACCCAGCCCCCAGUGUGCCUGCUCCUCCACACCAUCAAUGAGCUUGAGGGGCCCCCUCACCAUGGCAACAGCACAGAGCCCCAGGGCUGAGCUACGCUAAGCUAAAGCACAUCUUCACCGAGGAGGGAGAGAGAACCAGGAGUGGGAGUUAAGACUUUAGUGUGUGUGUGUGUGUGACUGUCUGAGAUCGUGUGUGUGUGUGUGACGAAUAGGAAGUUGUAUUUUAUCCCAGAGUCUGGACUUAAAAGCCUGAUGAUGAUAGCUAAAGCCCCUUUGGCAUACUGUAAUGGUGGCCUUAACUGCAAUGUACAAGGAGACAGGAGGAGAGGUUUGGCCUAUCACCAACCUACCUACAGACUGCAUAAAUGUCCUCCUUUGUCUUCCUUUACCAAGAGGAGGCGAAAGGAGACCGUGUUAAGACUUAUGCAAGCUGGAGGAGAUUGAUAGUCUGGUCAGUGGAUGCUGACCUGACGUUUGGUGCGACUGUAGUAUAGUGUAAGUACACACUGGUGCAACUCUAGCCUGGUCCCAGAUCAGUUUGUGCUGUCUUGCCAACUCCUAUGCUCAGUGUACCAAGCUAGUGGAAAUCAUCGCAGCUACUUCCUGUGUCUGUUCACAGGAAGGAACAUCCUGGACAAAUACACUGAAGCGGUACAGGAACAUUGUCAAGCAGUGCAGUGUGGAUCGUCAUGGCGACGAUGUGUGCUUAUGUAAUGUGAUAGUCCCAGUCGGUAUGAAAUAGAACGUGGUGGCCCUGCCUGCCUGUGGGGAAAACAACCCAUGGUUACUUUGGUUACCCCAUUGGCUCACAGCAAAAACUUGACCUUCUUCCAAAAGCAAUUUUCUUGUCUGCUUGUUUUAGUCAAUUACAAAACUACAUUUAAGAAAAGUACAACGUGUGUAAAGAUUACUAUUCAACUUUGCCUGCUCCUGAGUGUUCUCACUACUUAGAAAAAUGUAAUGUUGUAAGAGCUUCCCUCGUUUUCAUGACGGCACUAAUGUUAACCACGUGUGUGAGUUUUAGCUAGCUACCAACCAGAACAGGACUCUCCAACCCUGUUCCUGGAGAACUACCCUCCUGUAGGUUUUCACUCCCAACCCUGUUCCUGGAGAGCUACCGUCCUGUAGGUUUUCACUCCCAACCCUGUUCCUGGAGAGCUACCCUCCUGUAGGUUAUCACUCCCAACCCUGUUCCUGGAGAGCUACCC